GAUGAUGACAUUACUGUGCGCCGGAAGACCUUUUCGUCCCCUUGUCUUGACAGCUCAGUCGGACACUUAUUCUGUUCAAUAUUUGAUUCUCUAUAUUAACAGAGCAUUUUUAACAUAAUGAGCUGAGGCUGCGUUUGUCUUUUUCUGUAUAUAAACUCCAUACUACGUGCUACACCAUGUCUUUCUUCGUAGAUUCAGUGAUUAUGUUCACUUCUCAGGUGCUGUUUUUUGGGUUUGGCUGGCUGUUUUUCAUGAGGCAGUUGUUUAAAGAUUAUGAGGUUCGGCAGUAUGUUGUGCAGGUGGUCUUUUCCAUCACAUUUGCCUUUUCUUGCACUAUGUUUGAGCUCAUUAUCUUUGAGAUCCUCGGUGUAUUAAGCAGCACGUCCAGAUAUUUCCACUGGAAGCUGAAUUUGUAUGUAAUAUUACUGGUUCUGAUAUUUGUGGUGCCUUUCUACAUUGGCUACUUUGUGGUCAGUAAUAUACGAUUACUGCAGAGACAAAGGUUGCUUUUUUCAUGUGUGGUCUGGUUCACAUUCAUGUAUUUCUUCUGGAAACUGGGCGAUCCUUUCCCUAUACUCAGUCCAAAACAUGGCAUUCUGUCCAUAGAGCAGCUGAUCAGUCGUGUGGGGGUCAUUGGGGUCACACUGAUGGCUCUUCUGUCUGGCUUUGGUGCUGUGAACUGUCCUUAUACAUACAUGUCAUAUUUUCUGAGAAAUGUGACAGACAGUGAUAUCCUGGCCCUGGAGAGAAGACUUCUUCAGACUAUGGACAUGAUUGUCAGUAAAAAGAAAAGGAUUGCCAUGACAAGAAGGCAGAUGUACCAGCGUGGAGAGGAGCAGAAUAAACAGACGGGAUUCUGGGGGAUGAUCAAGAGUGUGACCUCCUCACCAUCAGGCAGUGAGACAGAUCUUUCUCUGAUCCAGCAGGAGGUGGAUGCUCUGGAGGAGCUCAGUAGACAGCUUUUCCUGGAGACCGUGGACCUGCAAGCUACCAAGGAACGGAUAGAAUACUCAAAAACAUUUCAGGGGAAAUACUUCAACUUCUUAGGUUAUUUUUUCUCCAUUUACUGUGUGUGGAAAAUAUUCAUGGCUACUAUAAACAUAGUGUUUGACCGUGUGGGGAAGACUGACCCAGUGACGAGAGGAAUCGAGAUCACAGUCAACUAUCUCGGCAUUCAGUUUGAUGUCAAGUUCUGGUCUCAGCACAUUUCCUUUAUCCUGGUGGGAAUCAUCAUAGUCACGUCCAUACGAGGCCUUUUAAUCACACUCACCAAGUUUUUCUAUGCCAUCUCCAGCAGCAAGUCCUCCAAUGUCAUUGUGCUCGUCCUGGCUCAGAUCAUGGUGAGACAUAAUAAAAAAACCUGUACUAACUGUUAUUUUUGUUAAAGUGAUAGUUCACCCAAAAAUUAAAAUUCUGUAUUGAAUUACUCAUCCUCAUCUUGUUCCAAAGCCGUAAGACGUGUUUGGAACACAAAUUAAGAUAUUUUUGAUGAAAUCCGGGAGCUUUCU